CUUUUAAUAUAAUUUUCGGUUGGUAUAAAAGUAGAAGACAUUUUUUGAAAAGUCACAUUGGGUGAACUCGAUUGCGAGGUGUGGUAGCGACCAAACAUCAAAAUGAUAUUGAUAAUCUUCACAUCUGCUAUUGCCUUCGGCUCGGCAGCCCAGCUACCCAACGCCUACCUUCCUGCCAACCAGGGUGGAUACCAAGCAUCAGUCCAAAGUCAAUCCUUCCACAGUUCUUCUACCAGUUUCCAAGGGUCUUUCAACCAAUACAGUUCUGGAGACACGGCAAACAGACGACCUCAACAGCAACAGGAGAAAAACGCGCAGAUUUUGAGUCAAGAUCAAGAAAUUAACGAUAAGGGUUUCCACUACAGCUAUGAAACUUCAAACGGCAUCCGCUCGGAAGAAGUUGGCAACUCUGGUCAAACCCACGGCGGUUUCUCCUACAAGGGUGACGAUGGCAACACUUACACUAUCACAUUCUCUGCUGGAGAAGGUGGAUUCCAAGCUCAAGGAGCUCAUAUCCCGGUAGCACCAGCUAUACCUGCUGAAAUCUUGGCUGGUCUACAGCAAAAUGAGAAGGACGAAGCAGCUGGGAUAUAUGAUGAUGGACAAUACCGGCCAGAUGAUCACAGACGUGGAAAGAAAAAUGGCGGACAAGGCCAAAGCUUUGGAUCUUCAAACCACCAGAGCAGUUUUAAUUCCAACGCGGGCUACCAGUAUUAAUAUUGUUAAAUGAUUGCACUGAAAAUAGCAUUCUGUCUUAGCUAAUAUUUAAUGUGAAUGAUUAGUGAGCUUUAUUUAGAUGUAGAAUUAUGUACCUAAUUGUUUUUGUACAUUAUUAAAUAAAUAAGGUCGCAGCGUUAAUUUUGAUUUUAUCCAUCUAGAAUUUCUCUAACAAAGGUUUACUAUAAAUUUCUCUUCUUCUCUAUUAUUUACAAGGAAUGUAAUUGAUUUCAUUAUCUGGAGGCCCUGAGUUCUAUUCCAAGAGCGGGUAAAUAUUUGUAUUUUUGAACACAGAUAAUAUCUGUAUGCGUUUGGGGGUGUGUAAUGCUCGCUUCUGUGUCCGAGCUAAACUUAAUGCAUAGUGUAGGCCAUUAAAUGUUGCCAUACUAUAGUUAUUUACGUGGACACGUCGUGUGUGUCUUGUUGAUACACUUUUUAGGUAAUGUGUUAAAAUUGUUAUAAUAUUUUCUUUGGUAAGAUACAAAAAUGACGGUAACCUUAACGAUACCAUUAUGCGAGUGUAAUCUUUGUAGGCUAAACAAAAAAAAAAUACCUAAGAUUGAAAUAAUUAAAUGUGCUUACUAAUUCUCUGGUCAAGGUCCUCUUUCAUUGAGUCAUUGCCCAACUACGCAUCAUUACAGACGAACAUACAAACUGUAUAUGUGUAUCUUAACUAACGAGCUCUUGUUUUUAGGCCAUCAAGAUCAUAAUUUUCUGCAUUAGUAUCAUUACGUUUAUGAAUGUUAGAAAACUUAUACUACUAUAUUUAAAU